AUGCUGGGACACUCUUCAGCCACCACAACUAGUCCUAGCUCAAAGAUAACCAGCCCAAGCUACAUAAUUAUUAGUUCCAGCCCUGGGGCCAGCAGUAGCAAUAGCCCAACUUCAGGAACUUCAACCACCGCUAGAUCUAGCCCAAGGACCACCAGUCCAAGCGCCAGAAUUGGGUCUUUGUGGACCCCCAGACCAGGCCUAAAGCCAAAACUAGGAGCAAAGCCUAUUCCAGGCCCCAGAACCAAACCUGGACCAAAACCUUGCUCAACUCACAACAACAGCACAAGCCUCAGCCCAAAUACCACCAGUCCAGGCUCCUGUAAUACCAGCUCCAGUCCAAUGAUUAAUAAUACAAGCCUUAGCCCUGGGAUCAGCUUUACAAGACCCAGUCUACAGACCACUAAGACAAGUACCACCAAAAGUAGCACCACACCGGGACACUAUCCAACAACCAACACUAGCCCUCGCCCAAAGACUUCCAGUUCAAGCAUCCCAACCAGCUCUUCCAGCUCAAGUUCAACUCCAGCAACUACAACCACCACUAACCGCAGCCCAAGGAUCAGCUUCACUAGCCUCAGCUCAAGGACCACCAGUACCAGCUCCAGCCCUGAGACAACAUCUGCCCAAAACCCAAAACCCAACACAAUGACUACCAGACCUAGGAUUAAGCCCAGACCUGGCCUAAAGCCCAAACCAGGCACAAAACCCAUUCUAGGCCCCAGACCCAGACCCAAACCUGGACCAAAACCAAAGCCUGUUCUAAAGCCCAGACCACUCAACCCAACAAGCUCCUCCAGCUCUAGCCCAAAGACCUAUCACAGAACUAUCUCAACUUCAACAACCACCACUUGGCUUAGCCCUGGGAUCAGCUUUACAAGACCCAGUCUACAGACCACUAAGAAAAGUACCAGCCAAAGCAGCACCACACCGGGACACUCUUCAGCCACCACCAAUAGUCAUAGCUCAAAGAUUACCAGCCCAAGCUACAGGAAGACUAGUUCCAGCCCUGGGGCCAGCAAUAGCAGUAGCCCAACUCCAGGAACUACAACCACCACUAGACCUAGCACAAGGACCACCAGUCCAAGCUCCAUAAUUGGGUUCCGGUGGACCCCCAGACCCAGUCUAAAGCAAAAACCAGGUGCAAGGCCUAUUCCAGGCCCCAGAUCCAAACCUGGACCAAAAUCAAAGCCUGUCCUAAAGCCCACACCAUCAAGCUCAACUGGCUCUUCCAUAGCCAUCCCAGAGACCACUUUCAGAAAUGGCUCAACUCUAGACACCAGCACAAACCUCAGCCCAAAUACCACCAGUCCAGGCUCAUGUACUACCAGUUCCAGCCCAGGGAUUAGUAAUACAAGCCCCAGUCAAGGCAGUCUUAACAGCACAAGGCAGAGACACUCUCCAGCAACAACCACUAGCCCUCGCCCAAAGACUUCCAGAUCAAGCAUCCCGACCAGCUCUUCCAGCGCAAGUUCAACUCCAGCAACAACAACCACCACUAACCGCAGCCCAAAGACCAGCUUCACUAGUCUCAGCUCAAUGAGCACCAGUACCAGCUCCAGCCCUGAGAUGACAUCUGCCCAAAACCCUGAACCCAGCACAAUGACUACCAGACCUAGGAUUAAGCCCAGACCUGGCCUAAAGCCCAAAGCAGGCGAAAAACCCAUUCCAGGCCCUAGACCCAAACCUGGACCAAAGCUAAAGCCUGGCCUAAAGCCCAAACCAGGCACAAAACCUAUUCCAGUGCCUAGACCCAAACCUGGAACAAAACAAAAGCCUCUUCUAAAGCCCAGACCAUCCAGCCCAACCAGCUCCUCCAGCUUCAACUCUAAGACCACUGCCAGAUCUGGCUCAACUUCAACCACCACCACUAGCCUUAGUCCUGGAAUCAGCUUUACAAGACCCAGUCUACAGACCACUAAGACAAGUACCAGCCAAAGUAGCACCACACUGGGACACUCUUUAGCCACCAGCACCAGUCCUAGCUCAAAGAUUACCAGCCCAAGCUACAGGACAACUAGUUCCAGCCCUGGGGCCAGCAGUAGCAGUGGCCCAACUCCAGGAACUUCAACCACCGCUAGGUCUAGCCCAAGGACCACCAGUUCAAGCACCAGAAUUGGGUCCUUGUGGACCCCCACACCAAGCUUAAAGCUACAACCAGAUGCAAAGCCUAUUCCAGGCCCCAGACCCAAACCUGGACUGAAACCAAAGCCGGUCCUAAAGCCCACACCAUCAAGUUCAACUCCAGCAACUACAACUACCACUAGUAGCAGCCCACGGACCAGCUUCCCUAGCCUCAGCUCAAGGACCUUCAGUACCAGCUCCAGCCCUGAGAUGACAUCUGCCCAAAACCCUGAACCCAGCACAAUGACUACCAAACCUAGGAUUAAUCCCAGACCUGGCCUAAAGCCCAAAGCAGGCGAAAAACCCAUUCCAGGCCCUAGACCCAAACCUGGACCAAAGCUAAAGCCUGUCCUAAAGCCCAGACCACUCAACCCAACCAGCUCAUCUAGCUCUAGCCCAGAGACCUAUCCAAGAACUGUCUCAACUUCAACCACCACCACUAGCCUUAGCCCUGGCAUCAGCUUUACAAGACCUAGUCUACAGACCACUAAGACAAGUACCAGCAAAAACAGCACCACACCGGAACAUUCUUCAGUAACCAUCACUAGCCCUCGCCCAAAGACUUCCAGUUCAAGCAUCCUGACCAGCUCUUCCAGCUCAAGUUCAACUCCAGCAACAACAACCACCACUAGCCGCAGCCCAAGGACCAGCUUCACUAGCUUCAGCUCAAGGACCACCCAUAGCAGCUCCAGCCCUGAGACAACAUCUGCCCAAAACCCUGAACCCAACACAAUGACUACCAGUCCUAGGAUUAAGCCCAGACCUGGCCUACAGCCCAGACCUGGCCUAAAGCCCAAACCAGGCGACAAAAACCAUUCCAGGCCCCAGACCCAAACCUGGACCAAAGCUAAAGCCUGUCCUAAAGCCCAGACCACUCAACCCAACCAGCUCAUCUAGCUCUAGCCCAGAGACCUAUCCAAGAACUGUCUCAACUUCAACCACCACCACUAGCCUUAGCCCUAGCCCUGGAAUCAGCUUUACAAGACCCAGUCUACAGACCACUAAGACAAGUACCAGCCAAAGCAGCACCGUACCAGGACACUCUUCAGCCACCACCACUAGUCCCAGUUCAAAGAUUACCAGCCCAAGCUACAGGACGACUAGUUCCAGCCCUUGGUCCAGCAGUAGCAGUAACCCAACUCCAGGAACUACAACCACCACUAGACCUAGCACAAGGACCACCAAUCCAAAUGCCAGAAAUGGGUCCUGGUGGAUCCCCAGACCCGGCCUAAAGCCAAAACCAGGCACAAGGCCUAUUCCAGGCCCCAGAUUCAAACCUGAACCAAACCCAAAGCGUGUCCUAAAGCCCAGACCAUCAAGCCCAACUAGUUCCUCCAGCUCCAUCCCAGAAACCACUCCAAGACCUGGCUCAACUCCAGACACCAGCACUAACCUUAGCUCAAAACCCACCAGUUCAAGCAUCCGGGCCGGCUCUUCCAGCUCAAGUUCAACUCCAGCAACAACAACCACCACUAGACCCAGCCCAAGGACCGGCUUCACUCGCUUAAGCUCAAGGACCACCAGUACCAGCUCCAGCCCUGAGACAAUGUCUGUCCAAAAUCCUGAACCAAACACAACGACUACCAGACUUAGGAUCAAGCCCAGACCUGGCCUACAAUCCCGACUUGACCUACAGCCCAAACCUGGCCUGAAGCCUAAACCUGAACUAAAGAACAAACCAGUUGCAAAGCCUAUUCCAGGCCUAAGGCCUAAACCUGGACCACAAUCAAAGCCCAACCUAAAUCCCAGACCACCCAGCCCAACCAGCCUCAACCCUAAGACCAGUAACAUAACUCCCACCACUAGCCUCAGCCAAAGUAGCACCGCAUCAGGCCCCUCUCCAGGCACCACAACAAAGAUUGCUAACCCAAGCUACAGGACCACUAGUUCCAGCCCUGGGGUCAGCAUCAGCAGUAGCAGUAGAAGUAGUCCCACUCCAGGAACUACAACCAACGCUAGACCUAGCUCAAGGACCACCCGUCCAAGCUCCAGAACUGGGUCCUGGUUGACUCCCAGACCUGGCUUAAAGCCCAAACCAGGCACAAGGCCUAUUCCAGGACCCAGAACCAAACCUGGACCAAAGCUCACACCUGCCUUAAAGCCCAGACCACCCAAUCCAACUAGCUCCCCCAGCUCCAUCUCAAAGACCCCUCCAAGACCUGGCUUAACUCCAGACACCCCCACUAGCCUCAGCCCAAAGACCACGAGUCCAAACUCCAGGACUACCAGCUCCAGCCUUGGGAUUAGCUUUACAACCCUCAGUUCAGGCAGUCUUAGCAGAACCACACCAAGUCACUCUCCAGCAACCACAACCACCACCAGCUCUAGCCCAAAGAUCACCAGUUCAAUCAUCCGGACAGACUCUUCCAGCUCAAGCCCAACUCCAGCAACCAAAACCACCACUAGCCCCAGCUCAAGCACCAGCUUCACUAGCCUCAGCUCAAGAACCACCAGUACCAGCAUCAGUCCUGAGUCAAAGUCUGCCCAACAUCCUGAACCCAGCAUAACAACCCACAGAUUUAGCAUUAAGCCCAAACCCGGCCUAAAACUCAAACCAGACCAGAAGCCCAAACAAGGCCCAAGGCCUAUUCCAAGUCCAAAGCCUAAACCUGGAUCAAAGCUUAAACCUGUCUUAAAGCCCAGACCACCCAGCCCAACUAGCUCCUCCAGUUCAGGACCAAAGACCACACUCAAACCUGGCUCAACUUCAACCACCACCACUCGCCGUAGCCCUGGGGCCAGAACCAGCAGUAGUCCAACUCCAGCAACUACAACCACCACCAAUCCAAUUAUCAAGGCCAGCUCCUCCGCCACUAACCCCAGCCCAACAACAAGCUUUACUAGACUUAGCUCACUGAGCAUCAGUGCAAGCUCCGGCCAUGCAACAAAGACUGACCAAAACCCUAGACCCAGCCCAACGAUCACCAGAUCCCAGUGGAUCCCCAGACUUAGCACAAAGCCAAAACCUGGGCCACAGCCCAGACCAGGCCUACAGCCCAGACCCAGCCUAAAGCCUAAAGAUGAACUAAGGCCUGAAACUGAACUAAAUCCCAAACCAGGCCGAAGGGCUAUUCCAGGCCUAAGACCCAAACCCGGACCAAAACCAAAGCCUGUCCUAAAGCCCAGACCACCCAAUCCUACUAUUUCUUCCAGGCCUGAACCAUCUCUUACCACUAUCCAUAGCCCAAGUUCCAAUACUACCAGUUCAAGCUUAAGGACUACCAGCUCCAGCCCUGGGAUUAGCAUUACCAGCCCCACUAUACAGGCCACCAGGACCAGUACUAGUCUAAGCAACACCACACAGAGCCACUCUACAGCCACCACCAGUAGCCCUGGCCCAAGGACCAGCAGUCCAAGCAUCCGGAAUGGCCCUUCCAGCUCAAGCAGAAGCAGUACAACACCGAGCUCAAUUUCAGCAACCAGAAUCACCACUAAUCCUGACCUAAAGGUCACUAGUCCAGGAUCCAGGAUGAACUACAGAACCUUCAGGCUCAACAUCGGGACCAGCAUCAGCAGAAGCCCAACUCCAGAACCCACAACCACCACUAGCACUAGCUCAAAGACCACCAGUUCAAGCAAUUGGACCAGCUCUUCCAGCUCAAGCAGCAACACAAUCAGUCCAACUCCAGCAACCACAACCUCCAUAAGUUCCAGUUCAAGGACCACCAGUAUCAGCAUCAGUCCUGAGACAAAGUCUGCCCAAAACCUAGAACCCAGCACAACGACUACCAGACCUGGCCUAAAGCUUAAAACUGAACUUAAGCCUAAACCUGGAACAAAGCCCAAACCAGACCCAAGGCCUAUUCCAGGCCUAACACCUAAACCUGGACCAAGACCAAAGCCUGUCCUGAAGCCCAGACCUGCUCCAAAGCCUUGGCCCAAAACCACCACCCAAGGUCCAAGGACCACUUCCCCCACACCUAGCCCCAAAACAUCCAAUAGCUCAAUCCAAAGGACCAUGACUGACCCAAGCCCACAAACGGCCACAAGCCUAAAAAAUACCAGCUCAAGCCAACAAUUUAGCACAAGCCCUAGCCCCAAAACUACCACUACUAGUCCCAUCCUAUUGACCAACUCUAACCAUAGCCCUACUACCAGCCCUGACUCCCCUACCCCCAGCCCCAUACCGGAGUCUUCCACCCCCAGUGUGAGAGAACUGCGUGUGAAGACCAGCCGGGUAUCCGCUAGUCUGAAUGACACAAGGGUUUCUCGAGGAGGGCAUCCAAAGGUCCGUCCUGGGCUAAACCUGCUCACAGAGAAGGACCAGGUAGGCAGCAAGACUGACAGGACAGAAAACCAGCCUCAAAGCCCUGCACAUAUUUCACCAGGAGGUAAGAGAAAUCAAUUAUAUUUUACUUUACAUGCUAUUGUCUGCUAUUUAAAUGUAAUUAUGAUAAUUACAUUGUAAUUGAUAAUUACAUAAAGUUUAGUUUGAGCUUUCUUAAGGGUUCACUGAAUCAAGCCAUAUGAUGUGUUAUUUGGUACCAGGUAGGCUAUAGUAAAUAGCUACCAAAUGUGUUGACUUAUUCAAAGCAAGAUCGAGAAAGGCUACUCACUGUUAUUAAGAUGCAAUUUUUUUAGUAAACUUAAUAGAAUCGUGCUAUACAAAUAUGGCGAUACGAAUUCUGAAUACAGCCUACACAGAUGUAGGAUCUUAAUUUGAGCCAGUUUGCUACAGCAGAAAAGUAAUCCUGCAGGAACAGGACAUUUUAAUUAUUAUGUGGAUUAUAAUUAAUGGACAUUUUUGUAGAGGUUAAUACAUUUUUCAUAAGGGAAAAUCAAGUCUGAAAUUUCAAAGUGGAAAUUUUGAACCUCAAAUACACUACAAGUUUUAAAUGUCCUGCAUUGCAGAAAAGUUAUCCUGCAACAGGGUGAUCAAAUUAAGAUCCUACAUCAGUACAACAACCCUAUUUCUAUCCCCAGUGGUUAAGAUAAAUUAUAAACUUAUAUUGACAGUGUAGCCUAGGUUAUGGCAGAUAACAGUGGAAAUUGUGACUGAAAAAUAUAUUGUUGUGAGUGGAAUAAUGUUGUUCUGGAAAAAAGAAAAAUAUUGCUCAAUCAACUUUAUAUCAGUGUGAUAUCAUCUCCAUUAUAAAUUAUGAGGAUUGUAACUUUGAAGUCCAAGCAACCUAAGGUGAUGUUUAAUGAGCCUAUUAUAAUGUGGUGGAAGUUUGAGAUCAUCAUCUUUGUAACAGAUGUUGUGUGGUUUGUGGUUAUUUACUGUUAAAUUAAGAAUUUAUAUAUGUGAGCACGUGCGUGUCUGUGAGUGUGUGUGGCUUAAAUAGGGAUCAAGGGGUGUCUGUGCAGAGCAUCCUUUGAGGUCAUAGUCAGUUUAAACACACAUUGUUAUUGCUGAGUAGCACAUCUAUCAAAUAACAAAUUAAGUGUCACACAAAGCUAUUGCUAGCUUUUAUUAAUAUACAAGGCCACUUUAAGCCAAGCAUCUACAUUUCUUACAGACUUAACAACUGUAAUUGACAUUUAUCUGAAGUCUGUACGUUUGUCUAAGGGACAUUGUCUCUAACAUUCACGCCCGAUUCAUAGACUUCAAAUUUAUGGUGACCGAUAAAUCCUAGCUAUUUCAGCAUGAUACAAUCAUAUUCUAAUCUUGUGUGUAUAGUUUCAAAUGUGUGAAAUAUUGUAUUUUGUAUGUAAAAAAUAAAUAAACAAUAACCUUUAUUUAACCAGGUUAGUUUCCUACAGUAAGAACAUGUAUAUUUAUGUUAUGCUGCAAUGCACCUUUUCUUCAAAAAGGAUUACAGACUAAUCUAAUUAAAUUUUCUCAUUCCACUAUCCUUCCACUCAACAGUUACCAUGGCACCCAGAGACUGCUCUGACCACAUGGCCAGGGGGGAGAGGAACAGCGGAGUCUACAAAGUGACCCCUGACCCUAAGAACGGAACCAUUGCAGUGUUCUGUGACAUGGAGUCUCAUGGCGGAGGGUGGACCAUCAUUCAGCUCCGUCAGGAUGGCAGUGUGAACUUCGGCCGAACCUGGGCUGAAUACCGGACGGGCUUCGGUGACCUGAUGGGUGGGGAGUUCUGGCUGGGCAACGACCACAUCCACCUCCUGACCCGACACAGGGUGAUGGUCCUCAGGGUGGAGCUGGAGGACUUUAACAGCAUGAUGGAGUACGCAGAGUACAGGCUCUUCCGUGUGGCUGGCGAGCGGCUGCGCUACCGCCUGUCUGUGGGUGGGUACUCGGGCACGGCGGGAGAUGCACUUCAAUUUAGCAAGAGUUAUGACCACAACAACAGGUUCUUUACGACUCCUGACAGAGACUAUGACCGCUACCCUUCAGGGAACUGUGGGGCCUACUACAGCUCAGGCUGGUGGUUUGACGCCUGCAUGGCUGCCAACCUCAACGGGAGAUAUUAUGUGGGAAAAUACAAAGGGGUGCGGAACGGGAUCUACUGGGGGACGUGGCAUAACAUAUCCACAGAGUACUACCCGACUAAUGACAGACAAUCUUUCAAGACUGUCAGAAUGAUGAUCAGGCCAAGGGGCUAUGCAAAGUGA